AUGCCCCCGCCCCGCCGACGCCCCCUUGUACACGUUCCCCGCAGGUUUCUCCGCCUGUCCGACCGCAAGCGCGCGCUGGUGAGCCGGCUGGCGCAGAUGGCGCUGGUGGCGCGCGCAUGUGGCGCGCGGGGGGGCGAGGUGGCGCUCGUGCGGACGAGGGAGGGGAAGCCGCAUUGCCAGGUGCGGCGGGGAGAGAGGGCAGGGCGCAUGGAGGAAGAGGGGGACCCCACGGGCACUGUCGGCGUAGACGUGGCGGCGCACGAUUGGCCGGAUUCCGCAGCCGCUGCUGCUGACAUGGCGGCAGCUGCUGCUGUGGAUGGGGCCAGGGAUCAGUGUUUACUGCGGCUGUGGCAGGGAGGGAAUGGUGGCAGGAGUGGGAAUGGUGGCAGGAGUGGGGAUGGUGGCAGGAGUGGGGAUGGUGGCAGGAGUGGGGAUGGGGGCAGGAGCGGUGAGGAAGGAGAGUGUGGCAAGGAGUGGGGAGGGGUGGAAGAGGUGAUGGCAGGUCGAGUGGGGGGUGGAGAAGUGGUGGGGGAGAGGGAGAGGGUAGUGAUAGAGGACCGGGGGGACGAAGGUGGGGGAAACGGGCAAAGAGAGGAAGAUGUGGUGGUUCUGGUGGGGGCGAGUGUGGGAGAGAAGGAGGUGAAGGGAGGAAGGCCGGGUAUAGCACUCCAAAGCGGCAUAGAGCGGGCAGGGGAUAGCACCCAUGAGGAGCAACACCAUAGCUUCUACACGUGCGCUCAAUGGAAGGGGGAGGUGGGGGGAAGAGGGGGCUUUGUGAAAUUUGAGAGCCUCAAAGCGGGCAUAGAGCAGGCACGGGAUACCACCAAUGAGGAACAGAACAACAAGAUCUACAGGGUAUGGGUGCUGAAGGAAUCGUACGUGAAGGCGAUAGGCAUGGGCCUGGGGUUUGACCUGAGCCGGAUCAAGUCCACUUCCCCACGCCCGCUCUCCCUUCCACCCGACACCCUUCCUCCCAGGGUAUGGGCGCUGAAGGAAUCGUACGUGAAGGCCACAGGCAUGGGUGCCUUCGCUGCUCCUGGUAAUGGCAAGGGGAAAGGCGGAAACGGAAACGGGGGGGGCCGAGGGAACGGUGGCGGAAAGGGCAGCGGGAAAGGCGGGAAUGGUGGCGGCAUUGUUGGCGCGCUGACUGGCGGAAACUCGACAGGGGGGUGGGGCGCGGGCGGCAUAUUCUCCGGACUCUCCGCGCUCUUUGGCAACGGCUCCGCGCCGAGCGCCCUGGGGGGCAUCUUUGGGCGCAAGGGCGGGAAUGGGAAGGGCCAGGGGAACGGCGGAGGCAAGGGGAAGGGCAAGGGGCGGGGCAGGGGGAACGGCAAGGGGAACAGUACGGAGAGUGCUAGCCCUGCGGGAGUGGCGACAGCUGCCAGCGCGAGUCAGGCAGUGGUGGGGGUGAUGGGGGUAGGCAACGGCAAGGGGCAGGGGAACGGACAGGGGCAGGGGAAUGGUCAAGGCAAGGGCAAGGGGAAGGGGGUUGGGUGGGGGAAGCGCGGGAAGAGCGCGGGUGGCGUGUUGGCGAAGCUGAGGGGCAGCAGUGUGGCGGCUGAUGCGCUGACAGCCCCUGGUGAUGCCAACGCCACUGGCGUCCUUGAAAUCACCCUCCUCCAGAACGGCACGGACUACGACGUGGCCUUCACGGCACGCAUCUCCCUCUCCACUCCCGCCGCGCCCACAGCACUCACUCUCAACAGCGGCAGCACCGCCACCACCGGCCCGGCUCUGCUCGACAUGUCCACAGCCACAGCCGCUGACGGCACGUCCCCCCUUGUAUGGACUAGCAGUGACGCUGCCUCCUCGUCCUCUCUUGGCAGUAACAACCCCAUAGGGCGCGCGUGGGGCCGCCUGCAGCGAGCAGUGAAAGGCUCUGCUGCCCGCACGGCAGGCCUGCACACGUUCACUCUCACGGGCGUGUGGCGGGCCGCUGGCACUGUUGCUGCUGCGGACGGCGUGCAGACGGUGAGGGACGUGGCGCUGGCUGUUGUGGCGCAGCCCAGCGCGUUCUAUGCUGUGGUGGCUUCGCCGGGGUUUGAGGCGGGCGCUGCUAGGGGGCAGUUUCAGAAGGCCCCCAAAGGAUGGGCGUUUGGGCUGAGGAAGUGA